AUGGCACCACGUAAAAGGAGUGAUAUGUGGAAUCACUUUACUGAAGUGGAAAAUAGCAAAGCCAAAUGUGGGUAUUGUGGUAACACGUAUAGUGUUGCUGGUGGAUCUUUUGGCAAUCUGAGUCGCCACUUAAAAACUGUACAUCCCACUGUAAUACAAUCAAAAGCAGUAGUGACUAGUGAUGAAAGUAAUGUAGAUGAUCCUGCAGAUCAUGAUUCACCAGUAGAAACAUUAAUUGUUCCCGGUACUAGUAAUGUUAAAUCGAACCAACCAACUCGCACCCAAAGUAGCAUUAUGCAUUUUAUGCAAAAUAAAAAACCUAUGGCUGUCAGUAGAUCAAAACAAAUUGAUGAGCAAGUUACAAAGAUGAUUGAUAAAGGAUACUAUGCGUUUUCCAUAGUAGACGAUAAAGAAUUUAGAAAAUUCGUAAAUAUGUUAAACCCUGGAUACGAACUUCCUUCUCGCCAGACAGUAUCAAAAAAUUUGAUUCCCCGAUUAUACAAUUCAACAUUAGAAGUUUUAAAAAAAAAAGUUGAAAAUGCAUGUGCAGUUUCAUUAACAGAGGAUGGAUGGACUUGCAUAAAUAAUAGGAGCUAUAUGGCAGUUACAGCUCACUUUAUUGAUUAUGAUGGUAAAAUGUCUUCUGUUUGUCUUGGCUGUGAACAUUUUGACCAACGGCACACGUCAGAUAAUCUAGCUGCCUUUUUAAAAAAAAUAGCAGGAUGUUUUGCCCAUUCUAUUAAUCUUGUUGUUCAACACUCUCUUGAGAAUAUUUCUGUCAUAGUAGCUAAAAGAAUUGUCUCCAUCAAAGAUGCUGUAAUUUCAACUUUAGCUGUCUUACAAACUGACAUUGUAGUCUUAACUCCAGCAGAAUGGGAUAUAGUAGAAAAGGCCAUUGAAGUGUUGCAAAUUUUUAAUGAAGUAACAAUUGAAGUUAAUUCUGAAAAAACAGUGUCUGUGUCAAAAGUAAUAGUUUUAGUUAGUUCUAUGUUGCAGACUAUGGAAACUUACAUUAAUGACAUAUCUUUGCCUUAUGAAGUUAACCAAAUGGCGGUUUCUCUCAAAAAUCAACUGAGGAAAAGGUAUAGCGAAAUUGAAGAAAGUGAAAUAAUAGCGCAAGCAUCGAUUUUAGAUCCAAGAUUUAAGAAGUAUGGUUUUAUGAGUGAUAAUAAAUUUAAAAAUGCUUUUUCGAUAUUAAGAUCACGUUUAGGAAAUAUUAGUUUACCAUCCAAUCAAAAAGACAAUGCUGAACAAACUCCUUCCACAUCUACAUCAACUCCGUCUCCUCCAGUAUCUCUGUUGUGGAAAGUCUACGAAAAAAAAGUAGAACAAUUCAAAGCCACUCAGUCAUCAACAGCAUCUGGAAUAAUAGAACUAGACAAAUAUAUGCAAGAGCCGUUAAUAGAUCGGCAUAAAGAUCCUUUAAAAUGGUGGCAUGAGCGUAAAAAUAUAUAUCCUCACCUAUAUACAUUUGUCAUUAAGCGACUCUGUGUGACUGCAACAAGUGUUCCUUGUGAAAGGAUAUUUUCAGAAGCUGGCCAAACUAUUACUUUAAAAAGAAACCGCUUGGAUACAAAAAAAGCAUCACAACUAAUAUUCCUGCAUAAUAAUUUAUAA